UGGAAAUUCAAAGAUUGCUGUGCAGUCAGCCUUAAACACUGGACUGCACACCCCCAUCUUUCUUUCACAUUAAUUUAAAAAAUCUUAAAAUUCUCAUAAAUAUAUAUAAUUUUAUUUAAUUUUAGUCACAAAUCAACAUCUUCAAAAUGACGAGGAUUUUGACAGCUUGCAAAGUGGUGAAGACCCUGAGGACUGGUUUUGGCUUUACCAACGUGAUUGCACACCAUCAAUGGAAAUUUUCAAGACCUGGCACCAGGCUCCUUUCUGUCAAGGCACAGACAGCACACAUUGUCCUGGAAGAUGGAACUAAAGUGAAAGGUUACUCCUUUGGCCAUCCAUCCUCUGUCGCUGGUGAAGUGGUUUUUAACACUGGCCUGGGAGGGUACCCGGAAGCUCUUACUGACCCUGCCUACAAGGGACAGAUUCUCACCAUGGCCAAUCCCAUUAUUGGGAACGGUGGAGCCCCUGACACCGCUGCACUGGAUAAGCUGGGACUUAGCAAAUAUUUGGAGUCUGAUGGAAUUAAGGUUGCAGGUUUGCUGGUGCUGAAUUAUAGCAAUGACUAUCACCACUGGCUGGCUACCAAGAGUCUUGGGCAGUGGCUACAGGAAGAAAAGGUCCCUGCAAUUUAUGGAGUGGAUACAAGAAUGCUGACCAAAAUAAUUCGGGAUAAGGGUACCAUGCUUGGGAAGAUUGAAUUUGAAGGUCAGUCUGUGGAUUUCGUGGAUCCAAAUAAGCAGAAUUUGAUUGCUGAGGUUUCAACCAAGGAUGUCAAGGUGUAUGGCAAAGGAAACCCCACGAAAGUGGUAGCCGUAGACUGCGGGAUUAAAAACAAUGUAAUUCGCCUACUGGUAAAGCGAGGAGCUGAAGUGCAUUUAGUUCCCUGGAAUCAUGAUUUCACCAAGAUGGAGUAUGAUGGGCUUUUAAUUGCUGGAGGACCCGGGAACCCAGCUCUUGCACAACCACUAAUCCAGAAUGUCAAAAAGGUUUUGGAGAGUGAUCGCAAGGAGCCAUUGUUUGGAAUCAGUACAGGAAAUUUAAUAACAGGGCUGGCUGCUGGUGCCAAAACCUACAAGAUGUCCAUGCCCAAUAGAGGGCAGAAUCAGCCUGUUUUGAAUAUCACAAACAGACAGGCUUUCAUUACUGCUCAGAAUCAUGGCUAUGCCCUGGACAACACCCUUCCUGCUGGCUGGAAACCACUUUUUGUGAAUGUCAACGAUCAAACCAACGAGGGGAUUAUGCAUGAGAGCAAACCCUUCUUCGGCGUACAGUUCCACCCAGAGGUCAACCCGGGCCCCACAGACACUGAGUACCUAUUUGAUUCUUUUUUCUCACUGAUAAAGAAAGGGAAAGGUACCACGAUUACAUCAGUUCUGCCAAAACCAGCACUAGUUGCAAGUCGAGUUGAGGUUUCCAAAGUCCUUAUCCUAGGAUCGGGAGGUCUGUCCAUUGGUCAGGCAGGUGAAUUUGAUUAUUCAGGAUCACAAGCUGUAAAAGCCAUGAAGGAAGAAAAUGUCAAAACUGUCCUGAUGAACCCAAAUAUUGCAUCAGUGCAAACCAACGAGGUGGGCUUAAAGCAAGCAGAUACUGUCUACUUUCUCCCCAUCACCCCUCAGUUUGUCACUGAGGUCAUCAAGGCGGAACGGCCAGAUGGGUUAAUUCUAGGCAUGGGUGGCCAGACAGCUCUGAACUGUGGAGUGGAACUAUUCAAGAGAGGUAUACUCAAGGAGUAUGGUGUGAAAGUCCUAGGGACCUCAGUUGAAUCCAUUAUGGCCACAGAAGAUAGGCAGCUAUUCUCAGACAAACUGAAUGAAAUUAAUGAAAAGAUUGCUCCAAGCUUUGCAGUGGAAUCGAUCGAGGAUGCUCUGAAAGCUGCAGACACCAUUGGCUACCCAGUGAUGAUCCGUUCUGCCUAUGCCCUGGGUGGGUUAGGCUCAGGCAUCUGUCCCACUAAGGAGAUCUUACUGGACCUCAGCACAAAAGCCUUUGCUAUGACCAACCAGAUUCUGGUGGAGAGGUCAGUGACAGGUUGGAAGGAAAUAGAAUAUGAAGUGGUCCGAGACGCUGAUGACAAUUGUGUCACUGUCUGUAACAUGGAAAAUGUCGAUGCCAUGGGUGUUCAUACAGGUGAUUCAGUUGUUGUGGCCCCUGCCCAGACUCUCUCCAAUGAGGAGUUUCAGAUGUUGAGACGUACUUCAAUCAAUGUUGUUCGCCACCUGGGCAUUGUGGGUGAAUGCAACAUUCAAUUUGCCCUUCAUCCUACCUCAAUGGAAUACUGCAUCAUUGAAGUGAAUGCCAGAUUGUCCCGAAGUUCCGCCCUGGCCUCAAAGGCCACUGGCUACCCACUGGCAUUCAUUGCUGCAAAGAUUGCCCUAGGAAUCCCACUUCCAGAAAUCAAGAACGUUGUAUCGGGGAAAACAUCAGCCUGCUUUGAACCUAGCCUGGAUUACAUGGUUACCAAGAUUCCUCGCUGGGAUCUUGAUCGUUUUCAUGGAACGUCUAGCCGAAUCGGUAGCUCUAUGAAAAGUGUGGGAGAGGUCAUGGCUAUUGGUCGCACCUUUGAGGAGAGUUUCCAGAAAGCCUUACGAAUGUGCCACCCAUCUAUAGAUGGUUUCACUUCCCGUCUCCCUAUGAACAAAGAAUGGCCAUCCAACAUAGAUCUCAGAAGAGAGCUGGCUGAGCCAUCCAGCACCCGUAUCUAUGCCAUUGCCAAGGCCUUGGAAGACAACAUGUCCCUUGAUGAGAUUAUGAAGCUCACAUCCAUUGACAAGUGGUUUUUGUAUAAGAUGCGUGACAUUUUAAACAUGGAAAAGACCCUGAAAGGGCUCAACAGCGAGUCCAUUACAGAAGAAACCCUGAAAAAGUCAAAGGAGAUUGGGUUCUCAGACAAGCAGAUUUCAAAAUGCCUUGGGCUGACUGAGGCCCAGACAAGGGAGCUGAGGCUUAAGAAAAACAUCCAUCCUUGGGUGAAACAGAUCGAUACACUGGCUGCAGAAUACCCAUCAGUAACAAACUACCUCUAUGUUACCUACAAUGGGCAGGAGCAUGAUAUCAAUUUUGAUGACCAUGGAAUGAUGGUGUUGGGCUGUGGUCCAUAUCACAUUGGCAGCAGUGUGGAAUUUGAUUGGUGUGCUGUCUCCAGCAUCCGCACACUGCGUCAGCUUGGCAAGAAGACAGUGGUGGUGAAUUGCAACCCUGAGACCGUGAGCACAGACUUUGAUGAGUGUGACAAACUGUACUUUGAAGAGUUGUCUUUGGAGAGAAUCCUAGACAUCUACCAUCAGGAGGCAUGUGGGGGCUGCAUCAUCUCAGUUGGGGGUCAGAUUCCAAACAACCUGGCAGUCCCUCUGUACAAGAAUGGUGUCAAGAUCAUGGGCACGAGCCCUCUGCAGAUCGACAGGGCCGAGGAUCGCUCCAUCUUCUCAGCUGUCUUGGAUGAGCUGAAGGUGGCUCAGGCACCCUGGAAGGCCGUUAACACUUUGAAUGAAGCACUGGAAUUUGCAAAGUCUGUGGGCUACCCCUGCUUGUUGAGACCUUCCUAUGUUUUGAGUGGAUCGGCCAUGAAUGUGGUAUUCUCUGAGGAUGAGAUGAAAAAAUUCCUAGAGGAGGCCACUAGAGUGUCUCAGGAACACCCAGUGGUGCUGACAAAAUUUAUUGAGGGGGCCCGGGAAGUGGAAAUGGAUGCUGUUGGCAAAGAUGGAAGAGUUAUCUCCCACGCUAUGUCUGAACAUGUGGAAGAUGCAGGUGUCCACUCAGGAGAUGCUACUCUGAUGCUGCCCACACAAACCAUCAGCCAAGGAGCCAUUGAAAAGGUGAAGGAUGCUACCCGAAAGAUUGCAAAGGCUUUUGCCAUCUCUGGCCCAUUCAACGUCCAGUUUCUUGUCAAAGGAAACGAUGUCUUGGUGAUUGAGUGUAACCUGAGAGCUUCUCGAUCCUUCCCCUUUGUUUCUAAGACACUGGGGGUAGACUUCAUUGAUGUGGCCACCAAGGUGAUGAUUGGAGAGAGCAUUGAUGAGAAACCUCUUCCCACAUUGGACCAUCCCAUAAUUCCUGCUGACUAUGUUGCAAUUAAGGCUCCAAUGUUUUCCUGGCCCCGGUUGAGGGAUGCUGACCCCAUUCUGCGUUGUGAGAUGGCUUCCACUGGAGAGGUGGCUUGCUUUGGUGAAGGUAUUCACACAGCUUUCCUAAAGGCAAUGCUUUCCACAGGGUUUAAGAUACCCCAGAAAGGCAUCCUGAUUGGAAUUCAGCAAUCAUUCCGUCCCAGAUUCCUUGGUGUGGCUGAACAAUUACACAAUGAAGGCUUCAAGCUCUUUGCCACGGAAGCCACGUCAGACUGGCUCAAUGCCAACAAUGUCCCUGCCACCCCAGUGGCAUGGCCCUCUCAGGAAGGACAGAAUCCCAGCCUCUCUUCCAUCAGAAAAUUGAUUAGAGAUGGCAGCAUUGACCUGGUGAUUAACCUCCCCAAUAACAACACUAAGUUUGUCCAUGAUAAUUAUGUGAUUCGGAGGACAGCUGUUGACAGUGGAAUUGCUCUCCUCACUAAUUUCCAGGUGACCAAACUUUUUGCUGAAGCUGUGCAGAAAUCCCGCAAUGUGGACUCCAAGAGUCUUUUCCACUACAGGCAGUUCAGUGCUGGGAAAAUGGCGUAGAGCAUAAACACCCAGCUCCAGCUGAAAUCAACCCAAGCCCCACUGGAUCUAAAGGAACUGACUCUCCAACCAUCUUCCAUAGAGACAAAUACUGAUACCAAACUAUUUCAGUUUACUUGGUUAUGCCUUAAUGUUCUUUUCUUUCACAAAUUGUUGUCCGUCACUUUUUACAAACCUUGCUUAAACUCCUUCCUAAAUAACUUGUUCUACAUGAGAA